CUGCCCCUGUCUCUUUCUCUAAUUCUCCCUCUCUCUCUCCCUCGCUCUCUCUCUCCCUCUUUCCCUUGCUCUCUCUCUCUCUCUCUCUCUCUCUCUCUCUCUCUCUCUCUCUCUCUCUGUCUCUCUCUCUAUUUCUUUCUUUCAUUCUCUUUAGGUCAGAAGAGGAAUGUGUGUGAUUUGGCUAAACAACUGACCACUCAUUUCGCAGUCACGCAGCAAACCUCCUUCUCCCUCCCUCCCUCUCUCCCUCCCUCUCUCCUUCUCUCUCUCCUUCUCUCUACCCCCUUCUUUCAUUUUCAUGUCUUUCUCUCCUUGUUGCGUUCCCUGUGGUUCUGCGGUUGUGAACCUUGUGAACUGUUAAUCUUGCGGUCAGCCAGUCGGUGGGUUCAUUGAUCUGUACAUCACAGGAUCCAUGGUGGCAGUGAACGUCUCAGGGGAGAAGUGGCGGCUGGUGUGGGUUCAUUGGUCUGUACAUCACAGGAUCCAUGGUGGCAGUAAACGGCUCAGGGGAGAAGUGGCGGCUGGUAUUACUGGGUGCUCUCCUCAUCUGUGGGUUAAUCCUGGAGUUUGGACAGUGCCAGCAGGAUGAGCAGGAGGGACGGACCACCCCUCCAGACCGUAAGCCCAAAUCCAGUAAGGGUAAUCCAGUGAGGGGAGCCGGUAAAGCCAAACCCAAACCCAAACCCAAACCCAGGGCGAAAGCAACACCGGAUCCCCCAUCAGCAGUCAACCAGGGACCUGUUCACCUGACACAGGUGGUGAACAAGGGGAAGUUCCGGCGUGUUGCCGACAGUCUGAGCAUCCGGUCGGGUGACACCCUGGAGCUGAGGUGUAAAGGGAACCCUGUUGAGUGGGGCGUUCCUGUUUACCUGGAGGAGGACGAUGAGGGGAGACUCAGGACGGUGCAGCAUGACCGGUAUGGCACCCUGACCCUGUCCAACUCUACAGGAGCAGACACUGGAGAAUACACCUGCUUCCCCAUGUACUGUGAAGACAGGGACUGCAGGAAGGUGUAUGACAAGGCUGUCAAAGUCUUUGUCUUCUUCCCUGACCCACAGGAGCUGUUUGUCCCCUCGUCCUCCUACUAUGAGGUCAUCCAGCUGAGGACCAAUUGGCCAACAGUCCUCCCCUGUCAGGUGACAUCACCUGACGCCAAGGUGUCUCUGCACCGGGAGUUUCCCCCGGUAGAGGUGGCGGUGGACGGGGCGGAGAUCACGUUUAACGUUAAACAGGGAUUCACUAUCCACCGGCCCAAGCUGCAUCACGCCGGGGAGCUGUACUGCGUUGCCAGCCUUGGAAAACUCAGGCAGAGCUCCGUCAAGUACAUGCUCAUAUACGUCAACUACCCUGUGGCGCCCCCGACCCCAGUGAUCCAGGCGUCCUCCAACUCUGUGGCCAUUGGUCAGAACCUACAGGUCACCUGUACUGUGAUUGGAGAACAGGACGUGGUCAUAGACUUCACUUGGGAGUACCCUGGGCAACAGAUCGGCAGGCCUCUGUACACCCAGGACAGUGUUCUUCCGGAUGGAGGGGGUCUGGGGAGGCAGCAGUCCCAGACCGUCCUCCUGGUAGAUGAGGUGAGGGAGGUGGACGGAGGGACUUACACGUGCACCGCCAAGAACCUGCAAGGCUCCAGAACCACCUCCACCACCAUCAAAGUGCUAGUGGCUGCUGCUAAGGAUAAGGUCAAAGACAAGCCCAAGCCUAAAAAACCCUGAGAGUCAAUAGACUUCAGAUCAGAAAUGGGAGAAGGAUGGCAUAGCCACGAAGGAGAAGGAAGUGGCCUAUCAAGAACUGGAACUGUAGAAUGAGUUGGUUCUAAUUCCAUGGGUGGAACCUUGUUUUAAUUGACCAUUCUACUCCUGACAUUACUAUGUAUGUAUACUGUGAAGCUAUAGGGCUCAAUGAGUGAGCUCUCAAGCAGCUCAUGGAUAUUAAAACAGCCAGUAGUUAACACACACACAGCAUAGAAGGUUUACACAGGGCAGAGGGAAAGAGAAGGCUGGGCGGAAGAAUGGAAAUUGGGGAGAGAGAGAAAGGGAGUGUUGGGGGGGGAUAGAGAGAGCCAGAUAGCAUUCUGAGCAUCUACAUUGUAGUGAAUGUAUUUUGAUAGACAUAAUUAUUAGAAUAUAGACAUGGUAAAUAGAAUAGAACAACGCUCCUGUAUCAAUGCAGAUUUAAAGGACCAUCAUCAGACUCUCACCUUCUUUGGUGGGCGUUUCUAUAUCGCAAGUAGUGUUUCUUUUGUACUUGUGAGAAUAUCUCCUCUCCAACUUUCCACCGCCGGCAGGUUUCUCUCGUGUUCUCUCUUCCUACUUCCUGUUUGUCUCAAUAAAGAAAUGUUUUCGUAGACUACA